AUGUUGAAGAAGCUGAAUGGAAGGUUAAAAGUGGUGAAAGGAGGAUGGAGAGGAGGAGAUAAUAAGAAAGAGCUCUUAGAGGAGCCAAUGUGGGGAGAUCUCAAGUUUCUCAAAGGGGCUAUUGAAGUUCCAAAUUACCUUAUCGGUGGCUUCUGUAGACGAGCUCGUUGGCGAUCAGACCUCCGACGGUGUCGUGUGCUUCCGCACAGGUACGCCCCUCUGGGCAUCCUCUUCCUGAUCGCAGGGAAGAUCGUGGAGAUGGAGGACAUGGGAGUGAUCGGGGGCCAGCUCGCCAUGUACACUGUCACUGUCAUCAUCGGCUUGCUCAUCCACGCCGUCAUUGUCCUGCCCCUCCUCUACUUCUUGGUAACCCGGAAAAACCCCUGGGUUUUUAUCGGAGGGUUGCUGCAAGCGCUCAUCACAGCCCUAGGCACCUCCUCCAGCUCUGCCACCCUGCCCAUCACCUUCAAGUGCCUGGAAGAGAACAACAACGUGGACAAGCGUGUCACCAGAUUCGUGCUCCCGGUGGGGGCCACGAUUAACAUGGACGGGACCGCCCUCUACAAGGCUUUGGCUGCCAUUUUCAUCGCUCAAGUUAACAACUUUGAGCUGAACUUUGGACAGAUUAUUACAAUCAGGUACAAGGGAAGCUCUCCAACAUUUUCUUAA